UCAGACAAUUAUCGUCAGUCUAAAAUAAGGAAAAAUUGAAUAUAUUAUUUAAUUUGUGAAGAAAAUUAGCAAAUACUUGUAAAAAAUAUAAAAUUUGUUUGAUAAUUUAUAAAUACACAGAAAUUUAAUAAACACAGAAAAUGGUACGAGGAUAUAAUAGAGGUUAUAAUAAUCGCGGAGGCGGUAGCUCUUCCCAUCGUGGAUCAUCUUAUCGCAAUUCAAACUACAAUAGCGGUGGCCGCAUACACAAUAAUGCACGUUCUUCUGAUCGUUAUGGUGCUGGCAGCAGUGGCGGACGUUAUAAUUCUGGCGGCCAUGGUGGCAGUAGCAGCAGUCACUAUGAUUCACGUAAUCGCGAUCGUUUCAAUACAUCUAGCAGUAGUCGUCACGAUACAAGUCAUAAACGUAGUUACGCUAGGGACUCCUCUCGUGACCGUUCGUCCGAUAUGAAAAGAUCUCGUCAAGACGAUUAUAGACGUACUUCAUCAACGGGUAGAGGUAAUCGUACCCCACCACCACCUCCACCACCAACGGUCUCAACAUCAACAUCACGCGGCGGCAACACUUCGAGACACAGCGAUCGUGACAACUCCAAGCCCAGACAUCGUUCACCUAUGGGACCACCACCAAAAAGAGCGCCUGUACGCAGUGGCUUUGUCUCACGCAUACGUGGUUCCAGCAAUCGUGGUGGUGUGCGUACAGGACGUGGCGGUUCGGGUCGUAUUGUGCGCCGUGAAUCGAAUGAUUUGAGAAUUAUGAGACGCAAACUUAUGUAUGCCCAACAAAAAGAUCGUGCACGAGUUUUGAAAAUUGCACGUUUAACGAGCUCUCUUAGACGACGUCGUCUUGAUAGAAAUUCCUCCAAGAGUCCACGUAGAUCUUCAAGGAGUAACAAGAAAAAUGGUUCAUCCAGCGAGGAUGAAGAUGAGGAUGGUGAUGGUGAGAAGAAGAAAUCGAAGCGCAAGCACAGCGAUAAUGAAGAAGAGGAUGACGACGAAGAUGAGGCGGAAAAUGAGGACAAAGAUGAGAAUGAAGAUGGUGGUGAGACGAAAAAGCGUACUAAAUCUAAACGUUCCAAAUCUUCGGAAAAAUCCAAUGCCGAAGAUGAUGAAGAGGACGAGGCAAAUGCUACGGCCUCCAGAGAGGGCAACGAUGACGACGAUGAUGAACAUGAAGGCGACGAGGGUGGUGACGACGAAGAGCAUGAUGACAACAAGUCACAGGCCGAUAAGGAUAAAGAACAUACAGAGGGUGAAGAGGGAGCCGAUAAAGCCGACGAUGGCGAUGAUAAUGAUGUAGACGCCGAUAAGACUGCUACAGAAGCGGAUGGAGAAAAGGCUGAAAAGAAAGAAGGUAAGAAAAAGGAUACUGGCGAAAGCAGCUCAUCGAAAAAAGACAAAUCUUCAUCGAGUGCCAAGAAAUCAUCAUCGUCUUCCUCGGCCACAAAGAAAAAGGACGACAAAGAUAAGGAGGACAAGGAUAGAAAGAGUAAGAAAUCAGCUCGCAGUGAUGACGAAGAUGACGGCAAAGAGCGUAAGUCUCGCAACUCACGACGUGACGAUCGCAACAGUCCUUCACGACGUGGUGGCAAUUCCCGUUUCAUUAAACUGACCUGUAUACACUGUAACAUGAAGUGUGUAACAUUUAAGGAAUAUUCGUAUCACUUGAAUUCCCGUACACACAAGAUGGCCUUAAGGCAAAUUGCUAUGCGCCAAAGAGCCCACCUACUAAGACUACGUGCUCGCCAAAGGGCCGCCCAAAAGGAGCUCGAAGAGAAGUCCAAGGAAACUUAUGAAUCGAAAUUCUGUCAUCUUUGCCGUUUACACUACAGGCAACCCAAAGCCAAACAUCAGCUGUCGGAACAUCAUAAAAUUAUGAAAAAAUUCCUCAUGCCAUAUUGCUCCACUUGUCAUUUGGCCUUUAAGAGUCCCAUACUGUAUGAGACUCAUCGUUGCUCUUUGGAACAUAUCAGAAAUAAGGCUCGCAAACAAGACUCGGAUACGGAGAAUAGCGGAGACGAAGAAAUGCGUGAAAUCGAUUUGAAUAAAUUCAUGACUGUCGACUCAGUGGGAGAGAUUGAUGAAGAAAUGGAUGCCGAUAUGGAAGCCUUGCUCAAUGAAACCCAGACCAAUGAGGAGAACAGUGAAGAGGGAGAAGAUAAGGAUAGAACACCCGUGGGUGCAGAAUUUGUGAAGGAAAUCACUGCUUUCUAUUGUGAAAUCUGUGAACAUUAUUCGGCUGACAAGGGCACAUUGGAGGCCUAUACCAAGAAACAUUGUCUACAACGAUCCCAUCUAAAGGCCUACUUGCGCCAUAAGGAAGAAGAGAAACAGGCUAAGAAACGUAAAGAAGCCAGAGAUCGCAAAAAAUUAGAGUCAGAAAAAAAAGAAGAGAGUGACAAGAAGGAAAACAUCGAGAAAGUCAAGGAAGAGGAUGAGCCAGAAGCACAUGAACAAGAAGAGGAAGAAGAGCAUGAGGAAAUCGAAGAAGGCCAUGCUGAAGAGGUCGAAGAGGAGGAGGAUCAUGAAGAACAUGAUGAUAAUGACGAAAAGGAUGGUCAGGAAAACAAAUUAUGGGAAGAUGUUGACAAGGACUUGGGAGAUUUACUCAGAGAAGUUGAACCCCAUGAACGUGAUGAGGAUGAAGAGGAAAAUGAUUCUGUUUUAAAUAUAGAUAUUGAGAGUGAGAAACAUAAAACUAAAGAAGUUAAUGGCAAAAAAGAUGACAUUAAAGAGGAAAACGAGGAAGAAACUGAAGAAGACAAUAACAAAAAAGACGCAGAAGUUAAAAAAGAAAAGGUUGUUGCAGCACCUACACCCACACCCUCGAAACCCAAACGUCUAACAAAGUCAGCAUCGUCGACUGCAAAUAAAUCAGCGGAAGCUAAAAAAUAAAUUCCUAUAAUUAAGAUCUUGAAUGUUUGCACUUAAUUUGUUAUAUUAUUCUUCUAAAUCUUUCCUUAAUUAUUCUACCGCCAGUAGUUUUUUCUUUCGGAAAAUUAAAACAUUUGAGUUAUAUUUUUUCUAUGAUGUAUAAAAUUUCUGCCUCAACUUGUAUUUAGUUCACUUCACUCCACUUUUUCUUUCUUUUUCAUUCAUGUAGGUAUGUUAAAAUUACCUAACAUUUUUUUUUAUUUGUAUUUAAUUUUUUUAUUAUAAUUUUCUCACUUUAAAAUUAUGAACAAGCAAGCAAACAAAUAGACCUACAAACUUGUGAAUGAAUGAAUUAUAAAAUUCAUUUUUUUUUUAAAUUUAAACAUAUAAUAAACAAUAAAACAAACAAAAAUACAAA